CUCCCUGCGAACGUGCAUCUACCGUCCUGGACUCAUAUCUGAUUAACUCACAUCUGGAUGGUGAAUAUAAUCGAUGCAGCUCAGUGCUCCUCAGACACUUCGAUCGUCACUCCUGGGAUUUGGCUUAUCUCUUGUCUAUGGCUUCCUACUGUGUUUGUCUUACUAAAAGGGCAGACCUCGCUAUUCAUCUGGAAAGUUGACUGUCUUUACUGCCUCUAGGCAUCGCCUACCUUCCAUGUUGCCACUAUCAGCAUUCACUAAGGAACUUUUCUUACUCAACUGCAUUUGCGCAUCCAUACUAAAUUAUCCUACUGCUUGGUGUCUUUUAUGAGCGUUGAUUUAUGUCCUUGGAAUAUGGAUCCUGUUAUGAAUUGGUGAAUCCACCGCAAUUGUGUAUUGCAUCGCAUGCGUGGAAUCUUUUGAACACCUAGCCGUAAGCAUCGUUCUCCUGCUGUCCUGGUUGUUAUAACUGCUCAAUUUACUGAUCACUUGAGGCUUUUCUGAACCUGACUCGGACAAGGCACGAGGAGCAGUCUCAAAUCGGAACCCUCUAAUAAUCUUACGAACUCUGUGAUUAUUUUAUGCUGAGGGUUAAAGGGCACUUGAGCUACCGAUAAAAACUUUCGAACUCGCAAUUAAGUCAUGUACAUUUGAGGUGCGCUCGUCACGCGGUGUAAGCACAUAUGUUUCCGGCUCGCUAAGCUCGCAUGUCUUCUUUUCUCAUGCAUGACAGGCGUAUAAGGUUUAUAGACCUCCGAGACCCGCUCGGAUAGCUCCAGAAGGGCGUGGGUAAGUACCGCGCGAACAUGCGCUCUGGCGGAAUCACCUUGCCUAAACCCGUGGAGAAAGUGGUUCUAUUGUUGCUAUUCCCGACCUUCAGAAGUGCACGACAUACUCACUUAGGCUGGUGCUUCACGCUAUUCUGCUGAGUCGUUCGGCGAAAACGGCUCCGUGGCAACUUGAAUAAAACCAGGAGAACAGAUCCUGGCCGAACAAGUCGUUCUCGUAUCUCGUCAUCAAGGAAAUCAUGUCUAUCUUCAACUCUUCAACGUCGGGAAUACCAAACCCGCCGGAACUUGGCUCGAUUGAUCUACAACAUAAUGUAGGAUAUCUAGCGGGCUGUGCUCUUGUUCUAGGCUUCUCCGCUCUGCAGUUUGUUCAGGCCCGCAAACGCGAUGUGUGUAGCUUCGAUUGUUAUAUGUAAAAAGUACUUCUUGACCCGCUCUUCCUCAAAGAUUGCGGUUCCGGCUGUCGGUCCCGCCGGAUGGUUGACAUCGUACUAUGGAGCACUGAAAUUUAUAACAAGCUCGAGAGCUAUGCUGCAAGAAGGAUACGACAAAUUCAAGUCUCGUACAUUCAAGGUCCCCCAGAUGAGGCACUGGCUGGUCGUUGUCAACACCCCGGAACUUAUCGACGAGGUGCGCAGAGCGCCUGACAACAAGUUGUCGUUCAUGGAAGCAACGAGAGAUUCUAUUUCGUCAGAAUUCACCAUGGGCCGCCUCGUGGAUGCAGAUUUGUACCAUGUUCCGAUAGUUCGUACUCAGCUGACGCGUAGCAUUUCUGGGUUGUUUGAAGGCAUUAAGGAGGAGAUCGAGUUGGGCUUCGAAGAAGGCAUAAAUGCGAAGGGGUCUGAAUGGGUUUCACGUCCUGCUCUCAGCACCGUGAUGCAGGUCGUUGGUAGAGCAAGCAACCGAGUCUUUGUCGGUCUUCCUCUUUGCAGGAACAAGGAUUACCUUGAGCUUAACGUGCGAUUCACUAUUGACGUAAUCAAAGCCGCGCAAAUCAUUCGAAUGUUCCCUGUAUUCAUGAAAGGUAUUGUCGGCGAGCUCCUCACCUCUGUGCCAGCGAGCACCCGUCGCGGUAUCAAGCACCUCGCACCGAUCAUUGAAUAUCGUUUGAAACAGAUGGAGGAACACGGUAAUGAGUGGCCAGGAAAACCGAAUGACAUGUUGACUUGGAUCAUCGACGAAGCUCCGAAUGACGAACAAAAAUCAGUUCAAGGAUUAACUCAGCGUAUUCUCAGCCUAAACUUUGCGGCGAUCCAUACUUCAUCACAUAGUUUUACACAUGGAUUGUUGCACCUUGCAGCGCACCCAGAGUACAUUGCACCAAUGCGCGAGGAGGCAGAGCGCGUGAUCGAGUCGGACGGAUGGACGAAGCUUUCUAUGCAAAAAAUGCGGAAGAUUGAUAGCUUUUUGAAAGAAAGUCAGCGGUUUAGUGGACUAGGAAAUAUAUCUAUGACACGAAAAGCCCUGGCUGAUUACAAGCUCUCUGACGGCACAUUCCUUCCCAAAGGAUCAUUUGUAACUUGCAACGCAUAUUCAGUGCACCGCAAUGAUGGUGUAUAUGCGGAUGCUAGUGAAUUCCGCCCCUUCAGGUUCUCGGACCAUCGAGAAGAAAGCGCAGAGGAGGCGACGCAUCACCAGCUCGUGUCCACGAGCAAUGAGUUCCUACCUUUCGGACACGGACGACAUGCUUGCCCUGGUCGGUUCUUCGCUGCAAAUGAACUUAAAGCGAUGAUGGCGUAUCUCGUGUUGAACUAUGAUAUGAAGCUACCCGACGGACAGGAUCGGCCGAAGGACCUCGAGUUCGAUGGAUCACUAUCGCCUAAUCCGAAGGCACAUGUUCUUUUCAGGAGAAGGCAGACGUAAAUCGAUUGAUUUCAAUCUUUCGUUGAUGUUCUCAGUUAUUUUCCAUAUGCAAUUUAUCGCGUGAAGGCGAGAAGAAAUACUUGCUGUACUCUUGAUUCUUACCAGUUGAUGAAUGUACUUACUAUUUGAUGUUACUCC